CCCUGCUAUCUGCUACCCACUUCUCAUCAGCACCCAGGAAGAUGGCCGGCCCAUGGAUUGUCACCCUCCUCUAUGGUUUGCUGGGAGCCACACUGGUCCAAGCUGACCUCCUUGCCCCUGCAGUGCUCACCCUCGGCCCAAAAGUCAUCAGAGAACACCUGGCCCAGGCACUGGAGGACCAUGAUGCGACUGCCAUCCUCCAGGAGUUGCCACUGCUCAGUGCCAUGCGAGAUAAGUCUGGGAGCAUCCCUAUGCUGGACAGCGUAAUGCGCACUAUACUGGGAUACAUCGUGUGGAUGAAGGUCACCUCUGCUAGAAUCCCCCAGUUGGUUGUGGAGCCUUCAACCUAUGACCAGGAGCUGGUAGUCAGAAUACCCCUGAACAUGGUGGCUGGAUUGAACACGCCUCUGGUCAAGACCAUAGUGCAGUUCCAAAUGAACACUGAAAUCCAAGCCCUCAUCCGGGUGGAGAAAAGCAAGAGCGGCCCCAUGCGCCUGAACCUCAGCGACUGCUCCAGCAGUGGGAGCACUCUGCGUCUCAGCCUGCUUCACAAACUCUCCUUCGUGGUGAACUCCCUGGCAAAGAAUGUCAUGAAUAUCCUGGUGCCAGCCCUGCCCCAAAUGGUGAAAAACCACCUGUGCCCUGUGAUCCAAGAAGCCUUCGAUGGCAUGUACGAAGACUUCUUGAAGCUGGCAACAGCACCCAUUGCCCUCAGCCCAGGAGCCCUGGAGUUUGGCCUUCUGUCUCCUGCUAUCCAGGACAGUAAUAUCCAGCUCAACCUGCAGGCCAAGCUUCUGGACUCACAGGCAAGGGUGACCAACUGGAUCAACAGCUCUGUGGCUUCCAUGAUGGACACCACCCCAGACGGGGCCCCUUUCAGCCUGGUCGUGAGGCAGGACCUGGUGAAUGCCAUUGUGACCACCCUGGUCCCCAAGGAGGACCUUGUGAUCCUGCUCAGAUUCGUGAUUCCUGAUGUGGCCCGCCAGCUGCAGAAGGACAUCAAGGAGAUCAACGCAGAGGCAGCAAACAAGCUGGGGCCCACCCAGAUGUUGAAGCUCUUCACUUACAGCAGCCCCCAGGUUGUGCUGAAUGAGGGUGGUGCCACGGUAGCUCAAAAUAUUGUACUGGAAGUGUUCCCCACCAAUACAGAUGUCAAGCCCUUCUUUUCCCUUGGCAUUGAAGCCAGUUAUGAAGCUCAGUUUUUCACAGAAGAUGACCGGCUUAUGCUCAACUUCAACAGUAUCAGAAUUGAGCGCAUCAAGCUGAUGAUCUCAGCCAUUAAACUGUUCGAUCCUGAAGUCAUGAAGGACACCCUGACCAAGAUCCUGGAAUCCACAUUGUUGCCCAAUGAGAAUGGCAAACUGAGAACUGGAGUGCCUGUGUCAAUGCUGAAGGCCUUGGGGUAUGAGAAAGCUGUGUUGUCCGUGAGAAAGGGUACCCUCAAUCUCACUCCAGCCUCCUCCUAGCACCCUGGGUGUCCUCCCUCCUGAUGAAGACCUGGACAGCAGCUGGCUGGCACAGGCCAGGUCCCAGCUGGGAGUGUGGAAGUCAGCUACGUAGACUCUCCCCCUGCAAUCAAUAAACACACCUGCC